UGUUCAAGCUGAUGGGACUGUUGUUAUAUCUUAUCUUAGAAAUUGGCGUCAUCCAAAUAGUGAUCUAUAUACUUUAUUAAAUGCAAUGUCUGAAGCAUUUAGUCAAUCACCUCCAGUAUAUUCAAAUUCGAGUAUGACUAAUCGUUCAACACCAUAUCCAACAAAUGCAUCAUCAAUGCCAAUGCCAACACCAAUAGGAACGGGAAUAGGUGGUACUCAAGGAAAUCCAUCAUAUUCAUAUCCAUAUGGAUAUCUCUAG